AUGAAGGCGGAGCACCUCGUCCGCACGCUCCCCGGACGCGGCGAGCUUGGUGGAACGCGGGAGGCGCGCUCGAGGCGGCACCAGCGGCGGCAGACGAGCGCGCAGGCGUCGAGGUCGCGCUUGCUGGCGCCGGGCCCUGAGCCGAUGCAGCCGAGCACGUCUUCAAGGAGCUCGUUCAGGAGCGCGAGGUUGACGGCGCCGCCUUCAGAGCACAAGGGGCAGAGUGUAAGAAUGUCCAUAUGUUUGUUACUGAAGAAUCUUAUUGGUUUGGUUGCUGUGCCCCAAUGUAAGGGUCAGUGGAUAAGACUUGUGUACCGCCGGCUUCAAUCAAGCACAAUAUUCCUGUGUCCUUCGGCGAUCAGGUCUACGGAUAAAGGGGAUGCUGAUACUGCUGCAAAGAUAAACUCGCUUGAGAAGAAGACGAUCAGCCCUACAAGACAAGAGCUUGAAGCUUGUAAAACACUCCUUAGAUUUCUAGGGGUUCCGGUGGUACAGGCAGCUAGUGAAGGGGAGGCCCAAUGCAUCGGGCUGUGCAAGGAGGCUAAGGCAAAAGCUGUUGCUUCAGAAGACUUUGAUUGUCUUCCUCUCGGGGCUCCACUCUUGCUUCGGGAUUUUAAUCUCAACAAAACUAAACUUGUCAAGAAGUUUUAG